GUCUUUCCAUUCUUUGAUCUAUUCCAUUAAAGCCACUCCUACACCCGAAAAGUUGUUAACGACUCUUGCUUCUGUGGUGUCAGUGCAUUAUGGAAGACGAAUCGGCUCUCAUUAAACAGACAACUGAGACAGGCUGGUCGAGCAGCGGGUCCCUCUGUCCGCGGUGCUACGGUCUCUUUUCCACCACUUCAAGCCUCAAGGCCCUUCUUUCCGACGAAGGCAUUGCCCACACCUGCAUCGAGUCGUGGGGCUCAGAGUACACUGGUAUUUGCGUUCUGUGCGAGCUCCUGUCGCGACCCGCGCCAAUCAUCUUUAAACCAUGCAUUCCAAGAUUGAAGGCGGUUUUAGGCGCGGCCUCACAAACUAAAGAAUCGUUUCGAAAUCUAGAUGGAGAAUUUUCCUUGAUUCCGGAUCUGGAGUAUCCGGUGAAUGCGUUGCGGAUUCGCGAUCUGGAGGUGUUAGGCUUAGGCUCUUUGUACUACGAGGAGCUUUAUCAGCCACAUUUGCUCGCUGUCCCAGGUUAUCCAUCAAGACUAUUAUCCAUCCCGUCGCAACAAGCUCACAUGGAUUCGCCUUGGAUCAUGCAGGAAACUAGGCUCCGAAUUAGGAUCUGUCAAGAGGAGCAUCCACUCUGCCCUGGCAGCACAAUGCCUCUUCUCCCGAGAAGAGUCAUUGACGUUGGCGGUAAGUGCGGAACCACCCUAAAGCUAUAUGCGCCCAAGCAGAACGAGCGGGCGAAUUAUGCAACUUUGAGUUACUGCUGGGGGACAAAACCACAAUUUACCACAACGCUCGAUUUGAUGGCCGAUCUGCUGCGCGAUAUGUCAAAGUGCAACCUAUCACAGACUCACCUCGACGCUAUACGAGUCACUCGAGGGCUCGGCAUUCGUUAUCUGUGGAUCGAUGCACUCUGUAUCAUCCAGGAUAGCCCAGCAGAUAUGAUGAUGGAUAUGCCCAACAUGGGCAACAUCUACAAAAACUCGACAAUCACCAUUGCGGCGAGCGAAUCCCAGUCAGCACACUCGGGGUUUCUGGGCACUCUGAAGUAUCCUCCAACGGUUCCACUGCCAUUUCUCCUCCCAGAUGGUAGCAAGGAGACCGUUUGGUUAAGCUACCAUGAAGCCAAAUGGCCAGUUAGAGGCCAUCUGGACACGCGCGGAUGGACGCUUCAAGAAUCCUUGCUCUCCCCAAGACAGAUUACUUUCGGGGAUUCUGAAGUGCUAUGGCAAUGCCAAACAGAACGUAUGCAACCAGUCUGCCAAGGCGCGCAAGAGUACCGCGAAACAUUAAAGAAUCAGAACAGACUACCUGGCGCAAUCUAUGGCAUCCCUACGUCGCUAGACAAGAAGACCCAGCGUCCCCAGUACCUCUGGAAAUUAUUCGUGCACGACUACAGUGCUCGGAAGUUUACCGUUGUGGAAGAUCGGUGGAACGGCAUGGCCGGCAUCAUCAGCGAGCUGUCGAAGCUCUGGAUCGAUGACGAAUGCGUUGCAGGUUUCUGGAAAAGUUCCAUGCUGGAAUCGUUAGUCUGGCGUCGAUCAAACCUGGAAGAAUAUCAAGAACCGGCGUGGAUGCCCCCUCGCCAAAAGCUGAUGAACGCUCCAAGUUGGUCGUGGUUGAGUCUUCCCUCAGAGGUUUGGAUACAGAAAUUCAUCCCCGAAGAUUUUGAGAUCGUUGACUGUGCAGUCACGCCUCUAGUAAAGACAGCACCACAUGGAGCGUUGAAGGAGGCGGUCCUGAUUCUGAGAGGGAAAGCAAUCACUUUGGCAGAGCUCGAACGCCUGCCAGCCCGUGCUCUGAAUCGUUUCCAGCCAUACUUCGACUCUCAGGUGCCAGGGCUUAAGGCGUGGGAUCCCUUACCAUCGAAGGCGUCGAUACAGGGUGAGUGGCCAGAUGGAAUCUUAUUUCUAAGAGCUGGGAGGAGAAGGCUGCUUCAGGCGCCACCAGUAGGUAUCAUACUUGAACAGCUCGAGGACGAAACCGGCAGAUUCAGGAGAAUAGGAGCCUGGAUCUUUAGGAAUUCUCACGAUUUUGGGUUGAAGAAGUCGGUCGGGGAGGAAUUGAGGUCUGCGUGGCAAGAUGCGAUGACUAGAGAGUGGAAGAUAAUUUGAGCAAGGGCAAGCUUUGGAAAUCAUUGAGCUGAGAAGUCGUUGUGAUGGAUGGAAAAGUUGUGCGGCGGUUGCAAAAGUAAUGAGCAGUUGAGACUUCG